AGUAGUCCUGGAAAUCAAGGGCAAUAUCACAAGCGGGUUCUGUUGAUGUAUCACUGGAGCUCGUGUCCAGUUUGUAACUGUCUGUAUGAGGCUCGGGAGCCACGGGCUCACCGAAUACAAUAAGAGGUGGGGACAUGGUGACUGGUGUAUAAUGAUGUUCAUGUUCGGGAGGAUUUUCACACUGAGGAAAAAUUGUAUGUUGCCAUAGUGAUACGAAGGGAAGUGUAAGCACAGAAUCAAUUACUAGAAUGGGAACUCACCUCGGUUACUGUUACAGAAGGAAAGUCUUGGUGCGUGUGUGAAUAAAGUGCAACGUUUGAAGGUACAAAAUGGGUGACAUUAUUGAAGUCGAACGUCGGAUAUCCAACAGUCUAUAAUUGUAAAUAACACGAUGCAUCAGAAAGCGACCAGAACAUGCAAACGACACAAUAAGAGCAAACACAAACACACGAGCGAUGCAUACUGGAUAACAAGCAAUCAGAUGAACAAAUUAGAAACGCAUUGAUGGUCAUUACUAUAUAUAAACAUAAAUAAAAAAUUAAAUAAAUAAAUAAAAUAAAUAAAUAAAUAAUAAAUAAAUAAAAUAAAUAAAUAAAUAAUAAAUAAAUAAAAUAAAUAAAUAAAAUAAAUAAAUAAAUAAAUAAUAAAUAAAUAAUAUUUCUUAGAUCAAACUAAUGCAUAUUUGUGCACUAGAAGUAGAAGGCUACAACUAAAAUGAAAUGUCUAUAAAUAAUAAAAAGUCAGCCUUGUUAGUCUGCGAGAACAGGCACGUUUCAGUGCUGUCGCAUAUCCUCAUGUGGGGGCUUGGUUGAGGGCAAUUCCCAACUCAAGUCUAGGCCUGGCCAUGUCUCCGCAUGAAUUUGUGACUUCUUUGCAUUUGCGUUUGGGAAUUCCGGUUUUUCCAGCACUCCCACACUCAGUCCGUUGCGUGUGCAGUCAUGAAUUGGACAUUCUUGGUGACCAUGCUCUUGGCUGUGGUCCUCUUCAGAUUAAGCGACAUGAUGCCUUAUGUGACGUCAUCUUCCACUGGUUGCUCUUAGACAACUCCAAUGUACGUCGAGAACAACGCUGUUCCUCUCAUUCUAUGACAAGACCAGGUGACGUUUUCCAUUCCGACUUUUCCCUAGGCAAGGCUGCUUAUUUCGACAUUUCCGUGAGGAAUUCGUUCACUCCCUCUCACCUUAUUAAUGCUGCCAUAAAAGCUGGUGCUGCUGCUGAGGCUGGGGAAGUGGACAAAGAUGAACGCCAUCUUGCUAACGUUUCCAGUUAUGGCUGUUUGUUUUACCCUCUUGUGGUGAAAUCAUAUGGAGUGUGGGCUGCACAUAGUCUGGAGGUGUUGAGAUCAAUUGUCAAGAAGUCUCUUCUAUCAUCUGGCUUGUCUCUGGGCCAAGCUUCCAGGCAAUUUCACGAACAGUUAUCUGUUCGUUUAUGGCAGUACAAUUCAAUACUGAUUAGUUACUAUCUGCCUAAUUAUUAUGACUUUUUGUGCUUCCGUCCUUAGGGCGGAUAUGUGUUAUCUGUGUUAUCUGUAUUAUAUACAAAUAUAUGGUUUAUAUAUAUAAAAAAAUAAAUAAUAAAAAAAUAAAAAAAUAAAUAAUGAAAUAAAAUAAAUAAAUAAAAUAAAUAAAUAAAGAAACAAAUAAAUAAAUAGCUAACUAAAAUAAAUAAAUAAAAAUAAAUAAAAAUAAAUAAAUAAAUUAAUAAACAAAUAAAUAAAUAGCUAGCUAAAAUAAAUAAAUAAAAAUAAAUAAAUAAAUAACUAACUAACUAAAAUAAAUAAAUAUAAAUAAAUAAAUAAAUAACUAACUAAAAUAAAUAAAUAUAAAUAAAUAUAAAUAAAUAAGUAAAUAUAAAUAAAUAUAAAUAAAUAAAUAAUAAAUAAAUAAAUAAAUGAAUAAACAAACAAACACUCAGACUGGUAUGCAAUGAGUGACCUGAUUCCCAAUCACCGUUGGUGGUUGAUCAACAAAUGUAAUGUAGAGUGUCCACCAG